AUGCGGCGAUCCUCGACCGGUACUUCAAUAUUGAAGACGGAAGGGGAUGAACCUAUUGCCGAUAGAUUCUCAUCAGCUCUCCAUCUCUUCACUAAGACAUAUGAUUUUCUUGAAAUCGAAAACAUGAAAUUUUAUAUUCCUAAUAUUCCUAAGAAAAAUCUUCAACUCAUUUCAUACGAUGUAAACAACAUAUAUGAGUGCAUCACACGUAUUCAAAACACACAAAAUCUCUUUACUUUUUCACCUCAAUUUUUAUCUAUCUCAGUUAGUAUGAAUUCAGUCGCUGGUCUUAUUUGUAAUGCAUUUGGUUGGCUAUUGACCCCUAUAGAUGACUCAUUUGUCGAUGACUUUUUCCUUCUUUUCAACUCUUUAGUUACUUCUUUAUACGUCGAAUUUAACGAAUCCAUACUUCUUUCAUUACACAUGUGUCUUACAUACUAUUACAAACAAGGAUUUUCACAAAUUCCUCAAAAAUCUUUAACACAACUUUUAACAAUUUUCUUACACAUGAACAAAUUCAGCAAAAACCACAUCUCAUUCAUAUCUAUUAUGCUCUGUGAUCGUGAUAACUACGAAGAAAUCGUUGUUACAUUGAUUCACUUAGUUAAUCAAAUCAAAGGCACUACAGACUACGAUUUUAGAUAUAUCAUCAACAUGUCAACACCAUACUUUCUUAACCUGAACGUCAAUUCUAUCGAUUUAUUUCUUCAAAUCGCACUUCAUACAAACCAAUACGAUAUCUACGAUUCAUUUAUCGAACUUUCACACAAAGUCUAUGAUUUAUUCAAAUCUGCGUCCAACCGAUCCUAUUUCGAACUUAAAAACUACAAAAUUUACGAACUUGAAGCUUAUCAACUUCAACCAGAUGAUAUCCUCUCUUUACCUCUAGAUUUACGAUGCAUCCAUCCAUCAGACAUCGAAAGCAAACUUAAACUUGACGAAUUCUUCAGUGAAGAACAGUUACGUAUUAUUGGUGUUGUUCAACCUAUCAUUGACUGUCCAAAAGAAUCAAUUCCAGUUACAUUCUUAUCAGAAUUCACAUACAAACUUAAUGUUGAACGUGAUGUUAGUUGUACUAACGAGUUAUUUAUGUUUUUAUGUUCAUUAUUAGUUUGUAUGAACAACAAAUUUAUUCCUACUGUUGUUUCAGAUGCAAUCUAUUCAUCUGCACAAUUAUCCCCAUUUUUUACCAUUUUUUCCAACAAAAAUGAACAAGUCAACUUUAUUCGUCAAAGUUUAUUCCAAGGUAUCAUCAACAAAUGGCCAUAUCUUCUUGAACAUAUCAUUUUUGAAUCGGAAAAAUAUCCAUUGCUUUUUGCAGAACACGUUAUUCGUCUUCAUGGUCAAAAAGAACAGUCACAAGUUGAUUUUAUUGUUAACAAACGAUUCUUUGAAUCAAGUAUUCGUGUUAUUAGUUAUUUGAUCCAUUUGAAAACAGAGAACGAAGCAUGGUUUUCCAUUUUAAUUUUUUUAAUUGAAGAAAUGAAGAAAAAGAGACAACUUUUCACAGCUUUUUCAUCACAAACAUUUGUUACUUGUUUCAUGCUUCUUAGUUUUCACCCAUUAACAUCUCAAUAUGUUUUUUCAUCAUUUACGGACAUCAUGGUUUUACCUGAUCGUGACGAAAACAUCAUUUCCUGCAUCCAUUCAUUCUAUUUUUAUUUGUUAUCAUAUUAUAACAACCAACAACCAUCUUUUUACCAUUUUAUUUCUAUUUGUUUGUCCAAUUUAAUUUCACAUUUAUCAUAUUUCACUGAUUUGAUCGAUUACUUUAUAGACUUAGAGAAACCCAUUCUUAACUUAUUCUUUUUUAGUCCAACACGUGAAAUCCUUUGUGUUGUUUUGAGUUUUGUUGCAUUGACACAAGUUAAACACACAGGAAAAGUUAUAACAAUUGAAAACAGAUCAUUGUUUUCUACAAGUAUGAAGAAAGCAGAACCAAAUGGAGCAUCAGACCAAACAAUAUCAUUCAUGAUAUCUUUGAUGGCAAACAACAAAUCUAUAUCAGGAAAAGAUUCAAUGUUUAUUUUACAAAAUGAAAUAAUUUUGUUGUUGUUUAUUUCUGUCAUGGGAACAAAAUCAAUUUUAUUCUUUGGUGAUUUAUGCAAAUUCUCUAAUACAAAUAUAAUACAAUGCCACAAAGGUGAACUUGAUUUAUUGAUAAUCAAAGCAAUAAAAUCGUUCCCAAAUGAUUUCGAAUUUAGAGGUUUCAAUUUUCAAAAUAAUAUUUUGAAAAGUGACAUUGAAAAUUUUUUUACAAUUUUAAAUUAUAUGUGUCAAUCAAUUAGUUCAAAACAAGUUUGCUAUCAAUAUUUGAGUUUAAGCAUUCCAAAGCCAAACUGCGAAAUCGACUCUUUACCUAUUAAUUACUUAAACAUCGCGUUGGCACAAUGUUGUCACAAUCAUAAUCCAACAAUUUUAUUCCAAAAACCGUCGGAAUACAAACAAUUCUUAGAUUUCAAAACUGAAGAAAUCAAGAACGGUUUUUCAUUUUGUUUUUGGAUUAACAUUGAUUUCUCGAUCAGAUUCUCCUUGAAUAUACAACCAUUGAUAUUUUCUUUGGCGGAUGACAGUUCUUCAUCAAUUAUUUUAUAUUUGAAAGGAAAUUCUUUGAUCGCACAAAUUUGUGGACCAAAUUUAGUUCCUACUUCUGUAACUCUUUCUAUGAAUGUGCCGCCAUCAGAAUGGGUAUUUGUUACUUUCUGUUAUUCGCCAAAGGAUGACAAUACUUCUCAUUUAUUGUUGUAUAUAAAUGGAGAACAACCAAUUUUGACAAUUAUCAAAGAUCCAAAUUUCAAAACUCAAAACUUUUUCGUGCAAAUUGGUGGUUAUUGCAAUUCUGAUGCUCCUAAAUACACAAAAAGCGUCAUUUGUAUAUUAGCUGAAUGCCAUUUGUACUUUUCCGUCUUGAACCAAUCAGAAAUAA